CUUCUAGAAGGCGAACGUGUGACUGUCCGUUACAUGCCCUGCCUCCACGCGCCCGUCCGACAACCCUCCUUUUCCCCCCUCUAUUACGCCAUCAGCCGCCUCCUCGAUUCAUGCAAGACCCUGCUCAGCGUUGGCCGGGUAGCCGCAAGCAAUUGCCUGAGGCACCUUCUUUAUAGACUGGCGGCGGUUUGUGUGGCCACCUAAGGCUUGGAACACGCAGGGGAAUGGGCGCUUGUAGAUGAUGUAAUCAUCCAGGGUCGUCGGCUCAGAAGGCCCCGCAAUGUGUGAGCGGUCUAUGAGAGGCGGCUGGGAGCGCUGCCACGCGUGGGGGUGGGGAUGGCAGCCGCAGUAGAGCAGAGGAUGUGGGGCGCUGGUUUCCGUACAGAACCAGGCACCCUGCAGUAGCGCGGUCCCGGCGCGGGGCGCAGCCAUGCCGUGGCUCCCAGUUCAAAGGCUUAUCCCGGCCGUGAAGGGCUUGUGCAGCUUAUCAGGAUGCAAGUCCUGUUUCUUUCGGAGAUUAUCCAUCCAGCCUGCCCAGCAGAGGAAGAUUCCAAACAGGUACCUGGGACAGCCCAGCUCCUUCACACAUCCACACCUUCUCAAACCAGGGGAGGUAACACCGGGAUUGUCACAGGUGGAAUAUGCUCUACGCCGGCACAAGCUGAUGACUUUGAUCAAGAAAGAGGCGCAAGAGUGGGGUGGGGUGGACCACACAGUGAUUCUGCUGUCCAACCCCACCUACUACAUGAGCAACGACAUCCCAUACACCUUCCACCAGGACACCAACUUCCUGUACCUGUGUGGGUUCCAGGAACCUGACAGCAUCCUGGUGCUGCAGAGUUUGCCUGGCAAGACACUGCCAUCCCACAAGGCCAUGCUCUUUGUACCACGGCGAGAUCCAAGCCGAGAGCUGUGGGAUGGGCCACGGUCAGGCACAGAUGGGGCAGUAGCUUUGACAGGAGUGGAUGAAGCUUACCCCAUAGAGGAGAUUAGACACCUGGUAACCAAACUGAAAGGUGAAUCGAACAUGGUUUGGUAUGAUUCUGCAAAGCCAGUGCACACACAGCUCCACUCUGACUACCUGCAGCCUCUGGCCGAAAUCAAAGCUGGGAGCAAAAACCGCAUCCGAUCUAUUCGUCAUCUAGUGCAACAACUCCGGCUGAUCAAAUCCGUUGCAGAGAUCGAGAGGAUGAAGGUUGCCGGAAGGGUGACAUCAGAGGCUUUUAUAGAGACAAUGUUUGCCAGCAAAUCCCCAGUGGAUGAAGCAUUUCUGUAUGCUAAGUUUGAAUUUGAAUGCCGGGCACGAGGGGCUGACAUCUUGGCUUACCCACCUGUGGUUGCUGGUGGCAACAGGUCGAACACCUUGCACUAUAUAAAAAACAACCAGCUUAUCAAGGAUGGAGAAAUGGUCUUACUGGAUGGUGGGUGUGAGUCUUCCUGCUACGUAAGUGACAUCACUCGUACCUGGCCCAUCAAUGGCAGGUUCACUGAUCCCCAAGCAGAGCUGUACCAGGCUGUCCUGGAGAUCCAGAAGUCCUGCCUGAGCCUCUGCUCUCCUGGUGUGAGCCUGGAGAAUAUCUACAGCCUCAUGCUGAGCCUUAUGGGACAGAAGCUGAAAGAGCUGGGGAUCCUAAAGAAAAGCACCACUGAGAACCACCUCUUCAAGGUUGUUCGGAAGUACUGCCCGCAUCAUGUGGGCCAUUACCUGGGUAUGGAUGUUCAUGACACACCAGACAUGUCCCGAUCACUCCCACUCCAGCCAGGCAUGGUGAUAACCAUUGAGCCAGGCAUCUACAUCCCCCAGGAUGACAUGGCCGCCCCAGAGAGGUUACGUGGCCUCGGUGUGCGCAUUGAGGAUGACGUUGUGGUGAUGGAGGACGCGCCCCUGAUCCUGUCUGCAGACUGCCCCAAGGAGAUCUAUCAUGUCGAGCAGAUCUGUGGCCGCAGCCUGUGAUUGCUCUCCUCUGCCUUAUACACCCUCCGUGGGUUCCUCAGGAAAUGUACUCCCCCAUAGGCAUGCAGUGAUAUAUAUUUCUGUGAAUGGACCUGGUUGUAGGGCAGUGAGGGUGGGAGGUUGGGAUGGAAGUUGUUGCUGUGUGGACUCUGUAGUUAGGACAGGGAAUUGGAUUGUUAAUGGCUCAGGUAACAUGACUGUUAGAAAGCGAAGAAACCAUUUAUUUACAUAGUUAACAUCUGUUCUAGUUAGUGCUGAUUUAAAGAUCUAGAAUGCAGGAGGCGGAUCUCUCCACUCCUGUUCUCGUGCACAUGAUCUGUUUCAGUUCUGUCAGCAGGACAGUAGCGCGCCUUUCCCCCUCCGCACCGCCCCCCCCUUUCUUCCUUGCGGGUCCUUGAACUGGAUGCAGUGGCUGAGGGCCAGGUGCCACACGUUGCCCUUUGUUGGCCGUUUCACACCAGCCCAGUCAGACACCGAUGGAAGUGAAAAUGUUCAAAAAUUUGUAUGGGAGAGGGGGCAAGUGGGUUGUUUUGGGCUUCUGUGGAGCAAUGACAAGAGGAGUUUUGGGAGACAGAAAGAUGGGGUCGGGUUGUGGGUAGUUUGCAUUGAUGCAGAAGAAUUUUAGCAUCUAGGGAAGAGAAUACGUUAGGCUCUCUUUCUAGGAGGUUUGAGAAAGAUUGGCAAUAGGAAGGAGGGGUCAUCUGAAGGCAUACAGCAGUAUAGGUUGGGAGUUGGGAGAGGGGACUGACUGGGUUCAGUGCACUUGGUGCAUGUUUGGAUUGCCCAUUCAUCCAGCCUUCUGGUCUCUUCUCCCCCUCCCACCCUCUCCAGAUUCUCAGCUCCAGACUUCCACUCUACCUCCCCCACACCCUACCCCCAGUUCUUCUACCUGAGAUCAACUUGAUUGCACUGGUCCUCACUGAUGAGCUGCUGUCUCUCUAGUUCAAAUGUGUACAUUAGUGUACAGCUGUGUCUGGGACAGUCAAAAUCCCAUCCAGUGCUUGAAUGGCAGGUGCAGGCAACCACACCAAUGCCCCUCAAGCAGCCCAGAAUGUAUUUUGUAACUUGUUAAGAGAGAAAAAUAACCUCUAGUAGGGGGUUCCAGUAGUCUCCCCUUUGAAAGUUUUUUGAACAUAUAGGUCACCUGCCUUUUGGUGCUUUCCAAGUUUUGGUUUUUUAAAAAUUUUUU